UCCCUUUAUUCUGCCAGUUGCUGAUCGUUUUCAGAUCAUCUAGUUCACUCUUGUCUCUACUCUUUCCGCACCCUCACCAUAUAUAUACAGAGAAACCGACUUCUUUUUCCUAGUGACAUCUCUCUCUCUCUCUCUCUCUCUCUCUAAUAUGUUUAGCUAGCUAGGUUAGCUAUAUCAUAUCCCAUAUAAAUUCUCAGAUCUCACUUCUAAACCAACCUUUAAUACUAUCAUUUCUAUAAUUAAAGGUCCCAUCUUCAAGUUCUCCUCUUUGAUGAAGAUCACAGGCACCCAUCAACACCGUGCAUGAAGUCAUUGAAUUUCACUACCAUAUCUUUGCCUCUGCAAAAGGAAACUCAAGCUAAUUAAUUUUCCUCUCACUUUUCUCUUUCUUCACCUCCAGGUCUCUGCUUUACACCCUCACGACAACCCCACUCUGAUUGCUCCCCAAUGAUGACCUCCGACAACACGUCGGCGAAAAAGCAGGCCGACGAAAUCCAACAAGGAGGAGGAGGAGGAGGAGGAGGAGGGGGAGGAUCAGGGAACAGCCGCAAAACGGCGUCGUCCAAAGCCCCGCCGGAGCAAGCCCUCAAGUGUCCGAGAUGUGAUUCCCCCAACACAAAGUUCUGCUACUACAACAACUACAGCCUGACGCAGCCCAGACACUUCUGCAAGACCUGCAGGCGUUACUGGACAAAAGGAGGAGCGUUACGUAACGUCCCCAUCGGCGGUGGCUGCCGGAAAAACAAGAGAGUGAGGUCGUCUUCUUCCCGACUCUCCUGCAGCCUUGACUCCAAAGACUCAGGCGACUCGGCCUCUGACCACAUGGGACUCAAGUUCUUUCAAGGCAUUUCCCCCACCAUGGAUUUCCAGCUGGGUGGCCUCUCGUUGCCUAGACUCAACCACCACCCGUCUUCUUCAGCAGUUGUAACCGCUCUUUACAAUAGCAACAGCCAGUUCUCUCCAUAUGGUGACGUUGCAGUUACUUCUGGCCUGACACUUGAUCCUUCAGGUGGUGCUGCCGGAACUAAUUCCUUCAUGGGUUUUAACUAUCCUCUCACCUUAGGCAGUGGAAGCGGCAGUGGCGGCGGCGGGGUUGGGUUUCAUCAGAACAACAUGAACAGUUCCAUGAGCGUUCAUAGCAGUCUUGCUUCUUCUAUUGAGUCCCUUAGUUCUAUCAACCAAGACCUUCACUGGAAAUUACAGCAGCAGAGGCUGUCCAUGUUGUUUGGUACUUCUAUAGGCGGAGAUAGCCAGACACAGACGUCUCAGAAAGACAUGCAGAUGAAUGAUCUUGAGAAAACUCAGGCAGUGCCUAUUUUGUUUCAGAAUCUGGAGAUUUCAAAACCGAAAGAGUCUGCCGGAGGUGGAGAUACAGCUGCCACGGAGUGGUUCUUUGGAAACUCUUACGCACCGCCGCCGGUGACACCUACUCCGACAAACAGUGGCGGAAACGGAGGAGGAAACGAGAACAAUGCAGCUAACUGGAAUACUCAUGGAAUCGUUCAAGCAUGGGGUGAUUUGCAGCAAUACAAUACCUUGCCCUAGAGGACUACGCAUCAUGAGAGGUAGCUCAAUACAAUCUUAAAAAGCUUGAUCAUGAUCAUGAUCGAUGUUGAAGAAGAAAAUGGGGCAAUUAUAUCAUUGGUUUUGAAUUAUUAUCUGAGAAAGAAACCCAUUUGGCAUGUUAAUUUCUGUUUUGGUUUUUUCUUUUGUUGAUAUGAAAAUGUAAACGCUAAUUGACUAGUCCUUUAACAAAAGAAGAAAUUAGUCUUACUACU